AAGGAAAUGCUCAUGGCCAGUUGUCUUAAGGAAUAUUCUUGAAGAGGACAGAGGUAUACAAAAUUAUUACAACAGCUGAGAAGCAAGUUGGUUUUGGAGAAACCACACUCUGAGGAUGUUGUUUGCUUUUGGUUAAAAAGAGAAAAUACACUAUAGAAGAAGCCUUUAUAUCUGCAUUUAAUAUCGCAUUGUAAAUAACAAUGUAAUUAGAUUUCCAUCAGUCUUUCUGGUGAGAUCAGAGCUUCUUGCCUCAGUAGACAUGAGUGACCCAAGGCAAUCACAAGAAGAGAAGCACAAGCUUGGCAGAGCCUCUGCGAAGUUCAAAGAUUCUCCCAGAAUCAUGCAGUCCGAUGACUAUUUUGCUCGAAAAUUUAAAGCCAUUAAUGGCAACAUGGGAGCCGCCACUUCUUUAAAUGCCUCAAAUUCCAACGAGGGUGGUGGUCCGGCUAAUGGUACCCCAGCUGUGCCCAAGAUGGGUGUGAGAGCAAGAGUGUCUGAGUGGCCUCCCAAAAAGGACUGCUCCAAGGAGUUGACCUGCAAGGCGCUGUGGGAAAGCCGGUCUCAGACCAGUUACGAAAGUGUCGCGUCCAUCGUGCACAAUGGGCAAAACGACCAGAGCGAUGGUCAUCAAGAGGAGGAGCUGGACCUAGACUUUGUGGAGGCAAAGUAUACAAUCGGAGACAUCUUUGUUCACUCUCCUCAAAGAGGACUUCACCCCAUAAGACAGAGAAGCAAUAGUGAUGUCACCAUCAGUGACAUCGACGCUGAAGACGUCUUAGACCAAAACGCGGUGAACCCCAACACCGGGGCCGCCCUCCACCGGGAGUAUGGAAGCACAUCUUCCAUUGACCGGCAAGGCUUAUCUGGUGAGAACUUUUUUGCUAUGCUCAGAGGGUACCGAGUAGAGAAUUAUGACCACAAAGCGAUGGCCCCUUUUGGGUUCCCUGAGUUUUUCCCCUGCGACCCUGCAAUCUCUCCCAGCCUUCAUGCAGCAGCACAGAUUUCUAGAGGAGAAUUCGUCCGCAUCUCAGGAUUAGACUACAUGGACAGUGCCCUCCUAAUGGAGAGAGACAGGGACAAGCCUUUCAAACGGAGGUUAAAGUCAGAGUCGGUGGAAACAUCCCUCUUCCGAAAGCUGCGAACUGUUAAAAGUGAACAUGAAACUUUCAAGUUCAUGUCUGAUCUGGAAGACAGUCGUCUUGAGAGGGGCAUCCGCCCUUGGAAUUGUCAGCGAUGUUUUGCACAUUAUGAUGUCCAGAGCAUUUUGUUUAAUAUCAAUGAAGCCAUGGCCACGAGGGCCAAUGUGGGGAAAAGGAAAAACAUAACCACCGGGGCUUCUGCAGCCUCCCAGACUCAGAUGCCAGCUGGCCAGACGGGCAACUGUGAAUCCCCUUUGGGGAGCAAGGAGGAUCUCAACUCAAAAGAGAACCUGGAUGCUGAUGAGGGAGACGGGAAAAGUAAUGACCUUGUCCUCAGUUGUCCUUACUUUAGAAAUGAGACGGGCGGGGAAGGUGACAGGAGGAUUGCACUCUCCAGGGCCAACUCAUCAUCUUUCAGCUCCGGGGAAAGUUGUUCCUUUGAAUCAUCUCUCAGCUCUCACUGCACAAAUGCAGGUGUCUCGGUUUUGGAAGUGCCAAGAGAGAACCAGCCGAUUCACAGGGAGAAAGUGAAGCGCUACAUCAUAGAGCACAUUGACCUUGGGGCCUACUAUUACCGCAAAUUCUUCUACGGGAAAGAGCACCAGAACUACUUUGGAAUAGAUGAAAACCUUGGCCCUGUGGCACUCAGCAUCCGGAGAGAGAAGGUGGAAGAUGCCAAGGAGAAAGAAGGGUCCCAGUUCAACUACCGAGUGGCUUUCAGGACGAGUGAGCUUACAACGCUGAGAGGAGCAAUUUUAGAAGAUGCUAUACCCUCUACGGCUAGGCAUGGUACCGCACGAGGACUACCUCUCAAAGAAGUUCUGGAAUAUGUCAUUCCAGAGCUAAGCAUUCAGUGCCUGAGACAGGCUUCGAACUCACCCAAGGUCUCGGAGCAACUGCUCAAGCUUGAUGAACAAGGGCUGAGCUUUCAGCACAAGAUUGGGAUCCUUUAUUGCAAAGCAGGCCAGAGCACCGAGGAGGAGAUGUACAACAAUGAGACUGCGGGACCAGCUUUUGAAGAAUUCCUUGAUCUUCUGGGCCAGAGAGUACGGCUGAAAGGAUUUAGUAAAUAUCGAGCUCAACUAGACAAUAAAACCGAUUCUACGGGAACUCACUCCCUCUACACCACGUACAAAGAUUACGAACUCAUGUUCCACGUGUCCACCAUGCUUCCCCACAUGCCCAACAACAGGCAGCAGCUUCUGAGGAAAAGGCACAUAGGAAAUGACAUCGUGACCAUUGUCUUCCAAGAGCCUGGAGCACUUCCUUUCACUCCAAAGAGCAUCCGGUCCCACUUUCAACACGUCUUUGUCAUAGUCAAAGUGCAUAAUCCAUGUACUGAAAAUGUGUGUUACAGUGUUGGAGUUUCUAGAUCAAAAGAUGUGCCACCAUUUGGUCCACCAAUUCCCAAAGGCGUAACUUUUCCAAAAUCAGCAGUAUUUCGGGACUUCCUUUUAGCCAAAGUAAUCAAUGCCGAAAACGCAGCCCAUAAAUCAGAAAAGUUUCGGGCGAUGGCCACUCGAACAAGGCAAGAGUACUUGAAAGAUCUGGCGGAGAACUUUGUCACGACCGCCACCGUGGAUACCUCUGUGAAAUUCAGCUUCAUUACACUGGGUGCAAAGAAAAAGGAGAAAGUAAAGCCAAGGAAGGACGCCCACCUGUUUAGCGUCGGAGCAAUCAUGUGGCACGUAAUAGCUCGGGACUUCGGCCAGUCUGCUGACGUUGAAUGUCUUCUUGGAAUUUCCAAUGAGUUCAUAAUGUUGAUUGAAAAGGAUUCCAAGAACGUUGUAUUUAACUGUUCCUGCAGGGAUGUCAUUGGGUGGACAUCUGGAUUAAUGAGUAUCAAAGUAUUUUACGAAAGAGGAGAAUGUAUCCUUCUGUCCUCAGUGGAUAACUGUGCUGAAGAGAUAAGGGAAAUUGUUCAGCGAUUAGGAAUAGUGACGAGAGGCUGUGAGACUGUGGAAAUGACCCUGAGGAGGAACGGGCUGGGCCAGCUUGGCUUCCACGUGAAUUUUGAAGGAAUCGUUGCAGACGUGGAACCUUUUGGCUUUGCCUGGAAGGCUGGGCUUCGCCAAGGGAGCCGCCUUGUGGAGAUCUGCAAAGUGGCCGUGGCCACUCUGACCCACGAGCAGAUGAUCGACCUGCUCCGGACUUCCGUGACCGUGAAGGUGGUCAUCAUCCAGCCCCACGACGAUGGCUCGCCCCGGAGAGGGUGUUCAGAGCUCUGCCGGAUCCCCAUGGUGGAAUACAAACUCGACAGUGAAGGCACCCCCUGCGAGUACAAAACCCCCUUCCGGAGGAACACUACGUGGCACCGCGUGCCCACCCCUGCCCUGCAGCCCCUGUCCAGGGCCUCGCCCGUCCCCGGCACGCCCGAUCGGCUGCAGUGCCAGCAGCUGCUCCAGCAGGCCCAGGCCGCCAUUCCCCGCAGCACCUCCUUCGACCGGAAGCUGCCCGAUGGCACGAGAAGUUCACCUAGCAACCAGUCAUCCUCCAGCGACCCCGGACCCGGCGGGAGUGGACCCUGGAGACCGCCAGUGGGAUAUGAUGGGUGCCAGUCUCCCCUGCUGCUUGAGCACCAGGGCUCAGGCCCUUUGGAGUGUGAAGGAGCCAGGGAGCGGGAGGACACCAUGGAAGGAAGCAGGCACCCGGAAACCAAAUGGCAUGGCCCGCCUUCCAAAGUCCUGAGUUCCUAUAAAGAAAGAGCCCUGCAGAAAGAUGGAAGCUGCAAAGAUUCCCCCAAUAAGCUUUCUCAUAUUGGAGAUAAAAGUUGCUCCAGCCACUCCAGCAGCAAUACGCUCUCCAGUAACACCUCCAGCAACAGUGACGACAAGCACUUUGGGUCUGGGGACCUGAUGGACCCAGAAUUGCUGGGGCUGACCUACAUCAAAGGGGCCUCCACUGACAGUGGCAUCGACACGGCCCCGUGCAUGCCCACCGCAGUCCUCGGGCCCGUGCACCUGGCAGGCAGUAGGUCUAUGAUCCACAGUCGGGCAGAACAGUGGGCUGACUCUGCCGACAUCUCGGGGCCUGAUGACGAGCAGCCGAAGAUGUACGCGGUACACAGCUAUGCGCCCGCCAUCUCUGCCAGCAGUGCUGCCGACGGCAGCAUGGGCGACCUCAGCGAAAUCUCUUCUCAUUCCAGUGGUUCACACCAUUCAGGAAGCCCUUCAGCUCACUGUUCCAAAAAUAGUGGGUCUCUGGAUACGUCCAAAGUCUACAUCGUGUCUCACAGCAGCGGUCAGCAGGUCCCAGGGUCCAUGUCCAAGCCCUACCACAGACAAGGGGCAGUGAACAAAUACGUCAUCGGCUGGAAGAAAUCGGAAGGCAGCCCACCGCCUGAGGAGUCUGAAGUGACUGAAUGUCAGGGGCUGUAUGGUGAGAUGGAUCUCAUGGCCACGGCCGCUCAGCAUCAGACAGUGGUGGGAGAUGCCACUUCAGAAACUCAACAUGUUCUGUCAAAAGAAGACUUUCUGAAAUUGAUGCUCCCUGACAGCCCCUUGGUGGAGGAGGGGAGAAGAAGGUUUUCCUUCUACGGGAACCUGUCUCCGCGACGGUCGCUGUACCGCACCCUCUCUGAUGAGAGCAUAUGCAGCAAUCGGAGGGGAUCUUCCUUUGGCAGUUCCCGAAGUUCCAUACUUGACCAGGCCCUGCCCAACGACAUUCUGUUCAGCACCACUCCGCCCUACCACAGCACCCUGCCUCCCCGGACCCACCCUGCGCCCAGCAUGGGGAACCUGAGAAAUGAGUUCUGGUUCUCCGAUGGGUCCUUAUCGGAUAAGUCCAAGUGCGCAGAUCCUGGCCUGAUGCCUCUCCCGGACACAGCCAUGGGGUUAGAUUGGUCCCACCUCGUGGACGCUGCUCGGGCAUUUGAAGGUCUUGACUCAGAUGAAGAAUUCGGGCUGCUCUGUCACCAUACGUCCUAUCUAGACCAGAGAGUGGCAUCCUUCUGCACCCUGACAGACAUGCAGCACGGGCAGGGCUUGGAGGGCGCCCAGGAGCUGCCUCUGUGUGUAGAUCCAGGCAGUGGAAAAGAUUUCAUGGACAUAACUGGGGCACGGUCUCCGUCAACGCUGACUGGUAAAGUCAAUCAGCUUGAGUUGAUUCUGCGACAGCUGCAGACCGACCUUCGGAAGGAGAAACAGGACAAGGCGGUUCUCCAGGCUGAGGUGCAGCAUCUGCGGCAGGACAACAUGAGGCUGCAGGAGGAGUCCCAGACGGCGACGGCUCAGCUGCGCAAAUUCACCGAAUGGUUUUUCAACACCAUUGACAAAAAAUCUUAACCAGUCCGCACCCAUCAAGGGACUUUGGGAAAUGCCUAGAGUCCCUUCAGAGUUGCAAACGUGUGGUUUUUAACUAUGCUUUCAGCCAAUCGUAGAUGUUCUUUGCUAUUCCACUCUGUCCAGCACCAUUCACCCCAGCAGGGUAGGCAGCCGCGACUCCUUCUUCGUACCAUCUUGUGAUAGCGGAGAGCAGGGCCGAUGUGAAGAUGAAUGUAACUCCCGGUGUCGAGAUGAAUGUAAAUCCCGGUGUCGUGUAGACCUUUUCCUUUCAGACCCUACUACAAUGGUGCUCUGGUGUGGGCUUACCUCAAGAGGGAAGAGAGUUGGGUUUUAUUUCCUAUAUAUCAGGGGACCUGGUAGAGAUGUUAAAGCAAUUUACCAUAGUUUGGGCUUUAGUAUUGUAAAAUAAACAUGAAAACAAAUAAUCUGACAUAUACUUUAAUGUUAAAGGUGCUCUAUUUUUUUGGAUGUACAGUAGUUUUAUUUCCACAGCCACAUUAUCAUAGCAAUAAGAAAGAGGCAUAGUAAAUAGUCAGAAAAGCUGUGUGUCAGGAAAAAGAGAAGCACUGAUGUGUUGAACACUAGUUUGAAUGCGGUUACUACUUUAGAGACUUAUUUAUUUGCAGGAGCAAACGGUGCCUGAAUAUUAACAGUGUUCUGAUUAAGAAAAAGAUACGUAUGCCUUGUAAAUGGCUCACUGAGUAGUCACUUCAACUCUUAGUUCACUUUUGUAUAGUUACUGCUUUGCUGAAAGAGAGUGAAUGUGCUUACUCCCUAGACCUCUCUGUGUGCUGUGAGCCAGCGGAAUCAUGUGUACAAUGCCAAAUUUGUUUAUCUUUGUACAGAAGCUUUGAUGAAGUGUCUUGUAUUUAACACCCUUAUUUAAGCUUGUUUAACCUUAAAUUGUUAAUUUUAUAAACCUUGGUUUUACCUGCACUACGAUGAGGGAGGUGUAGGUGGCAGCAGGCUCAGGAAGGACUGCGCUUGGCCGGAAGAGACGGAGGAGCAGGGCGGGAAAUUCUAACAACUGGAUGCUGCUAGUAAUAAUUUGUUUGUAUUGCUUUACCAUUUUUAACUGUUCUCUUUGAGAUGAACGUACAUUUUGCUUUUUUAAUAAAUGUUUAAAAGAGUCCACAUAAGUAACCGUGUUGUCAGGUGAAUGUAGAUUUUUAUGAUCUAUCAUGUCAACAAUCUGAGUGUACGUGAGUUUAUUUUGGGUCAUUUAGGAUCUUAAUCUGUAUUAAAUACUGCUUAGCCGCUUUCUUA